AUGGCUCCAUAUAAGGCUCUGUAUGGCAAAAAAUGUCAAUCUCCGUUAUGUUGGUAUAAAACUGGGGAAAGAAGUUUGUUAGGGCCUGAGAUGAUAGCUGAAACUACUGAGCAAAUAAAGAAGAUUCAUAGCGGAAUGCUUAUAGCCCAGAGCCGUCAGAAGAGUUAUGCUGAUCAGAGGCGAAAGCCUUUGGAAUUUGAACAAGGAGAGCAUGUCUUUCUGAAAGUUACACCGACCACUGGAGUGGGAAGAUCUAUUAAGACCAAAAAACUGAAUCCCCGUUAUAUUAGACCGUUUGAGAUCCUGAAAAGAAUUGGGCCGGUGGCUUAUAGGAUUGCCUUACCGCCACAUCUUUCGAAUUUGCACGAAGUGUUUCAUGUGUCGCAGCUUCAGAAGUAUACUCCUGACGUAAAUCAUGUUCUGGAACCGAAACCAAUCCAAGUAAGAGAAUAUCUAACACUUCCAGUAACUCUGGUGAGAAUUGAUGACACCAGUGUUAAACAAUUACGUGGGAAGGAAGUAUCAUUGGUGAAAGUAGCUUGGAGUCGAGCUGGUAUCGAGAAACAUACAUGGGAACUCGAAUCAGAUAUGCAAAAAGACUACCCACAUCUCUUUUCAGGUAAAUGA